GGAUGGACAAAUGCGAUUUCAACGUCUAGAAGGGAGCUAACCUCAGCCUAACACCUCUAAUGCGGUCAUCUUCAGGCUUCCUUCUCGUUUCUCAUAAUGUCAGGCGUCAAAGCAACUAAAUGCAAGGCUCUGUUACGAGUUCUGAUUCCAUGGGUUUUAUUGACCAACAUCAUGGUGGUGCUGUACUGCUUAAGAAACCCAAACCAAGUGAAACUCAGGGGCUCCCAAGAAGACACGUGCCCUCUCGGCGUGGCAAAACUACAAAAGAAAAGUUUGAUCAAGCAGUCUCACUCAGAAGAGUGCUCACCCAAAGAGAACAUCAUGUUUAUGAAGACGCAUAAAACAGCUAGCAGCACCAUCCUCAAUAUCCUCUUCAGGUUUGGAGAAAAGCACAAGCUCAGGUUUGCAUUUCCUGAUGGGCGCAAUGACUUCUUCUACCCGUCGCCGUUCCUGUGCUCCCAGGUGAAGGACUACAAACCUGGAGAAUGUUUCAACAUUGUUUGCAACCACAUGCGCUUUGAUCAUCAAGAAGUGUCCAAGCUCCUGCCUCCAGACAGUGUGUACGCCACCAUCUUGCGUGACCCGGUGGAUCUUUUUGAAUCUUCCUUCCAUUACUACCACAAAGCAGUUCCCCUUACGUGGAGGAUCAGAGGUGAAAACAAGCUGGUAGAGUUUCUGAACAACCCUUGGGCCUUCUACAGUCCAGAGGCUUUCAACUCAUUCUACCUAAAAAAUCUGCUCUUUUUCGACUUUGGUUUGGAUAACAACCUCGAGGCUGAUGAUCCUCGCGUCAUGACAGAAAUUAAGAACUUAUCAAGACGCUUUCAUCUGGUCCUCAUAGCAGAAUAUUUCGAGGAGUCUCUUAUUCUGCUGAAGGAUUUGCUCUGUUGGACAAUGGAGGACAUCCUGUACUUUAAGCUUAACGCUCGCAAGAGCUCAUCCGUGUCUCACUUGGAUGCUGAGAUGAGAGCCAAAGCUCUACAGUGGAAUGGGGCAGACUGGAAACUCUAUCAGCAUUUUAAUGGUACCUUCUGGGCCAGAGUCGAGGCUUAUGGGAGAGAAAGAAUGAAGCAGGAGGUAGAGGAGCUGAGGAGAAGAAAUGCUGAGAUGAAGGACAUCUGUAUUGAAGGCGGAGGUGCGGUUGAAGCGCAGAAGAUUCAGAACAGACGUUUCCUGCCCUGGCAGCCGGUUGGAGAGAGUUCCAUCCUGGGUUACAACAUUAAGAAAGAUAUUGAUCCAAGAUUCAAGACACUCUGUGAAAAAAUGCUCACACCUGAAAUACAAUACUUAUCUGAGCUGGGUGUAAACUUGUGGCUCACAAGACUGUGGGGCUGGUUAAAAGAUACUAUCUACUGACCGCUGAGCCAUAGCCUACUGGUUUUAACAAGCGAACUGAGUAAAAAUACUAAUGUAGUGAAUGUUUGUGUGUGAUCUCCUAACAAAUGUUUUCAUCUUAUUUAUUUUUAAACAUUUUCAGGUUUUAAUAAUAAAUUCUUACUGGCAGUUCAUUGUCACAUGAAAAUAUGCCUAUUUGAACUGUAAACACAGUAAUGUCACAUUUUGUGCACGUGUUAUGGAAGAGAAAGACCAAAACAUUGGUUGUGUGUAUCUCAAAUAAUACUCAACAAAUACUGUGCUAGUGUGUUAGUGGCAAUGUGUUUACGUUUUCUUUUUAACAUUAGGUUUAGGCAUAAAUAGACUGGCUGCUUACAAAGCGAGCAUUCCUGUUAUAUUGUGUUUAUGUUUGUUUUCUAAUACACUUGUUUCAGGGUAUGUAACAGCUCACCUAACCCUGGUAUCGGUGUUUUGUUAAGCACAUGGUAAUCGAGCCAUUAGUGAGUCAUGAGCGAUACCUGGAUUCUUGCAGGUGGAAGUAUGAGGCAGCGAUAGUGUGCCCUCCACUGGCCUGGGACUCAAAUGCAGCUGUGUGGAAUGAAUUUGAAUGGCUGAGGCCUUUCUCCAACCCUCUCAAUAGUUUACACCAGAUGUCUUCAUCAAUAACAUGGUUGGACGCACGCACCUAUCUAUUAAUCUUCAGUUCAGGCACAUGCAGUGACUCAGCUGAUUAAUGUGUUUAAAUAAAAAGCUGUUGUAUUUUGCCAAAAUUUGCCUCUUUGGCAUUUCAAGACUGAAAAGGUUUUAAUUAGUGACUUUUAAUUUCUUCACUUGGUAGCUGCUGGCAGAUGCACUGACACUUUGAGAGUACACAAGCUUCAGUGAUACAUGGACCUCCUUGCACUGGAUAAAUUUAAGAGCGUAAUCACUUUUCAUGUCCAUGGAGAAAUUCUGCACAGGUUUGUUUCCCUGAGAAUGAUAGUACUAUGCAGAGCAUGCUGUCAGAAUCAUGCUGUUAGAUGCACCUUCCCUGCAUUGUGAAAAUAUGAAUCACUUUUUUGCUUAAGGAUGAUUUCUUAUACAUGUGCUUGCAGCAAAGCUAAGAUAGUGUUUUUGCAACUGUUUUUGUGUUUCGUUUCAGUUUAGUUUCCAUUUGUUGUGAUAGUGGGUGCUUGUUUAGUUAUUGAGUUUGAUAAGAUUAAGUGUUACUUGUAAUUAUUACAACUGAUAAGUUGUACAGUAUAAAUAACACUGACAUCCCAUCACUUAUUGUCACUUGACUUGGCAAGGUUGUUUGAACUGCUAAGGUCUGAAACAAAAUACAUGUUUAUGUUAUGCUAUUUAGUUAGCGCAAAAUCUUGUGUGAGUCUGUAUUCAAGUUUUUUCUGAAGUAUAAAUUUUCCGUUACUAAAAUAUUUUUUACACCUACUUUUAGUUUGUAGUUAGGCAAAAUGUAAUAAGCAACAGCAGAAAGCUUGUGACAGGUGUGUUUGAGUAUCAGUAUCAGCUAUACAUCUACUGUAUAGCUGUGUAUAAAUGUAACUUAUAAAAUCUAGCAGCCUGAAAAUCAUUUACCUUUUGGUGAUGUGACUGUUAUUUUUGUUAUAUGAACUCGACCCAUUUUUAUUGUAUUGCAAUGAGUGUGGCGACAGUGGUCAAUUGGUCCAACCAUUUUUGUGGUUAUGUGGCAGUUUGCCUCAUUUAACUGGGUGCCUUUUCUGCUUGUGUAUGUGUUUCCCUCUGCACAAUUUCCUUCCCUGCUUAACAGUAUAAUAAAGUACAAGUGCUUCAAAUUGCUGAAAGACAAAAUC